CGGCGGGGCGCAGGGAGCGCGCCUGGGUGCGCAGGGAGCGCGCUGCAGUGCGCGGCGGAGCGGAGCGGGCCGCAGGGAUGCUCGCCCCGCUCCUGGGCUCCGCGGGUUCCGGCUGGCUGCUGCUGGAGUUUGCCGUUUCUCUCGUGGAGAAGAUGCAGGCUCAGGAAAUCCUGCGGAGCCUGCGGCUCCCCGAGUUCGAUGACCUCAGCCAGUUUUUCCGCAACCUGCCGGCCACCGCACUGGUGGGCAUCGGUGCCUUCGCAGCCGUCGUUGCCUACUGGUUUGCCAGCCGGCCCCGGGCCGUGAAGCCGCCCUGCGACCUGCGGAUGCAGUCGGAGGAAGUCGAGGGCCUGGAUGGGGCACGCCGGUCGGUGAUUGGGGACAGCCAGCAGCUGCUGACGCACUACUACGACGACGCCAGGACCAUGUACGAGGUCUUCAGGAGGGGAUUCAGCAUCUCCGAAAACGGCCCCUGCCUGGGGUUCAGGAAGCCCAAGCAGCCCUACCAGUGGUUGUCCUACAAGGAGGUGGCUGAAAGAGCAGAAGCUCUGGGUUCAGGCCUUCUUCAGCAGGGCUGCAAGCCAUCCACGAAGCAGUUCAUCGGUGUCUUCGCUCAAAACCGUCCAGAGUGGAUCAUUUCCGAGCUGGCUUGCUACACCUACUCCAUGGUGGUGGUUCCCCUCUACGACACCUUAGGCCCUGGAGCCAUUCGUUACAUCGUCAACACAGCUGACAUUUCCACGGUCAUUUGUGACAAACCUGAAAAAGCCAGAAUACUCCUCGACCACGUGGAGAGGAGAGAAACGCCGGGUCUGAGCUCCAUCAUCCUGAUGGACCCGUUUGAGAAGGAGCUGACGGAGAGAGGGAGGCACUGUGGAGUUCGCAUCCAGACCAUGCAGGAGGUGGAGGACUGUGGCCGUGAGAGUCGACACGUGCCUGUGCCUCCUCGACCAGAAGAUCUAUCAAUUGUCUGUUUUACUAGUGGCACUACAGGAAAUCCCAAAGGUGCUAUGCUGACUCAUGGGAACGUGGUUGCUGAUUUUUCGGGCUUUUUGAAAGUGACGGAGAAAGUGAUCUUUCCGAGACAGGACGAUGUGCUCAUCUCCUUCCUGCCUCUGGCUCACAUGUUUGAAAGAGUUAUACAGUCUGUAGUAUACUGCCACGGCGGGCGAAUCGGGUUCUUUCAAGGAGAUAUUCGUCUCUUGUCUGACGACAUGAAAGCGUUGCGCCCAACCAUCUUCCCCGUCGUGCCGCGGCUGCUAAACAGAAUGUAUGAUAAGAUCUUCAGCCAGGCAGACACGUCCCUCAAACGCUGGAUUCUGGAAUUUGCUGCAAGACGGAAAAAGGCUGAAGUUCGAAACGGGAUUAUUAGAAAUGACAGUUUGUGGGAUAAACUUUUCUUUAAUAAAAUACAGGCCAGUCUCGGUGGGUGCGUUCGCAUGAUAGUAACGGGCGCUGCCCCUGCCUCCCCGACUGUCCUGGGCUUCCUCCGAGCGGCCCUCGGAUGCCAGGUUUAUGAAGGUUAUGGCCAAACAGAAUGCACAGCUGGAUGCACCUUUACGACCCCGGGUGACUGGACAUCAGGUCAUGUAGGAGCCCCUUUGCCCUGUAACUUAAUCAAAUUGAAGGAUGUGGAAGAGCUGAAUUAUUUUGCUUCCAAAGGAGAAGGAGAGAUAUGUGUGAAAGGACCGAAUGUUUUCAAAGGUUAUCUGAAAGAUGAAGAGAAGACAACUGAGGCGCUGGACCAGGAGGGCUGGCUUCACACUGGAGACAUCGGGAAAUGGUUACCUAAUGGAACUCUUAAAAUUAUCGACCGGAAAAAGCAUAUAUUUAAACUUGCUCAGGGAGAAUAUAUUGCACCAGAGAAGAUAGAGAAUAUCUAUAUCCGCAGUGACCCUGUUGCCCAGAUCUAUGUCCAUGGAGACAGCCUGCAGGCCUUUCUGGUGGGAAUUGUGGUGCCCGAUUCCGAAGUUAUGCCAGGCUGGGCAAAGAAAAGAGGGUUUGAUGGAACAUAUGCAGAACUCUGUAAAAAUAAGGAACUGCAGCAAGCGAUAAUGGAAGACAUGGUACGGUUAGGUAAGGAGAGUGGACUUCACUCCUUUGAGCAGGUCAAAGCCAUUUACAUUCACUCCGAUAUGUUCUCAGUACAAAACGGUUUGUUGACACCAACGUUAAAGGCUAAGAGACCAGAACUAAGAGAUUACUUCAAAAAACAAAUAGAAGAGCUAUAUUCAAGCAUCUCCAUCUGAAAUCUUGGGAAGAAUCUUCUGAAUAAUGGACUUCGUAGCAAUAUUAGAAUAAUACUUAAAAGUACAGAGCCAGAAUGAGACAGCUGAAAUGGAUAAGCAUCAGAAUCUUACAUUUGAGCCUUUCAUUGUUCUAGGAUUUCAUCACUAACCAUAAUUUUCCUUAUUUUUUUGCAUCAGGUGUGAUACAAUUUAUUUUUUACUUUAUGUACACAGUAGAGUACUACUAAGAAUUAUGCUAAAUUGCCACAAAAUACAUAGAAACUUCAAUCUGUGACCUAUUGAAUUAUGGAAACGUACCUUAUUAAUAACUACAAACAUUUGGAAUUAAAAUAGGGAAAAAUUCAGGAAUGUCUGUUGAUAUUUGUUUGUGUAUAACCUAAUACAUUAGAAACGAAAGUUGUGGAUAAUUCAAUAAUGUGGUCUACCUCAAACAGUCAGUGAUUGAUGGUGAAAGUUUAUUUUCCCCGAUCUGGAACUUCAAGCUGGAUAUUGAUUUAUAUAUUAAGUGAUAGAUUUUAUAUUUUCCAGGACACAAAUUACAUUGAUUUGAUUUAAUCAUUAAUGGCCUAACUAUCAACCAGAAUAGAAACAGGAAUGAAUCUCCUGCUAUUUGUACUUAAUAGACCUAUCGUUGUGUUACAUCUAAGGGAUUAAUACUACCUUGAAAUGACAAGAACAGGUUAGGAGGUGAUAGGACAGAGUUCCCUCUCUUUCCUUUUCAUCCGAACUCAAUCUAUACGUGGCAUGCUGGUUUUGCGUUAGGGCCUCCUUCGGCACGGCACGGCACACUCGUGGACAUCCGAACUACUCAAACUGAGAAGGUUGCUCCCGGUCCCUAAUUUAUGACUUUACAUGCUGCUAAUACUGCGGUUGGACUAACUCCCGCUCAGAAGCAGGGCUGAAGAAACGGAGCGCAAGGUCGAAGCUGCGAUUCUGAACGGGGCUUUGCAAAACAAAUUGGUUUGGGAGAAAGGCCGGCCUGAGAUGCAGCAGCGGAGGGCAACCUUGGGCUGGCUCUGGAAGAGGAACAAGAGUUGCUUCACAAGGCCCGUGGGGCUGGGCGGAAGGCUCUGUCAGCCAGCGCUGUUGUAAGGUGUCGUGGCAUUGCAGAAAGGCUCUCUAAGGAAUCAUCUCUACAUUCAAACGUCUGGAAGCUCAGUUCCCGCUGUCAUCACUCCCAGUGGCCUCUCUGGAAUAAACUGCAAGUUGUCCGGACGAAACCUGGGGUUUCACAACCAGCUGCGGCUGUUAGAAAGGGGAUAAGUCCCAUGUGGAACAGGAACGGACUCUGGAGCUCUAUCCCGAUAUAAAGCACGGUACAAAAUGAGAAAACUGUAACGUUAAAUUGCUUGAAUAUUUGGACAGUCGGUGGCUUCCUUCUGCUAAACAGGGUCCUAAAAUAUCUACGUGUAUUUUAAUAGCUGCUGUUCGUCGCACCGGUGCAUACUAGCAUGGAGCUGUGCCUGCUAGAUCUUCUUUACUAGGACAGUGAAAGCACACUUUAUUUUCUCUCUUAAACUAAACUUUGAAGCUAAAAGUUUAAAACUUAAUCUAAACGAUCUCCUAUUUUCCCUGUGAAAUUCCACUGCAUGCUUCAAAAUGAAAUAAAUUGAAUGAGUUAGUGCUACAGCCAGACUGAUUUACUGCAGUAAUUUCAGAACAAAAUGAUACAAAGGAAACGGUAUCAGCUGAAAUAAUCACAGAACGGGCCGAUUUGAUUUAUCAAAUGUGCAAGUAUUUGUCUGAAUCGCUUUUUGUGCCUGAUUAUUCCUCAUUUGAUUCCAGUGCAAUGACUCACAUCAGUCCGAAGCAAGUAAGAAAUGCCGCUACUGUGACCUGAUGGCAUUGUACAUUCAUUUUUCACCAGUGUACACAGCAACGGCUGGGGAAUUUGCGUCUGCCACGUCCACAGGGGAUAGGAAUUACUGUGUAAAAUCUGGCUCUUUAGGUCAAGUCAGAAAGGAUUUUCAUCUCUGUGGAGUCUAGUUCAUCUCCUUUUUGUAUCAGCCAAAAGACAGUCACUGCAUACGCAUGCUUCAAAGCGAUGAAGAAUUAGUACAAUUUCCUGUUUUAAUGCAACAUGCUUUUAAAAUUUAAAAAGUCCUAGUCAUCUAAAUAAGUACAGAGAAGCUAUUUUCCACUGAUCUUUUUCUGCCACAUGAAUUUAAUUUACUUUUCUCCUAAAAUGAUUUCAGUCUACCAGACUUUUCUAGAUAAUUAAACUCUGACUUUGUAUAAGAAAAGAAUAUCCCAAUAGGAGUUUAUUUACGGAUUUGAUGGCCGUUACGUUUAAGUAUAUCAUGCUGAAUAAUGUCUCUGUCUUCUUUGGGUAUUUGAUGCAAAAUGUCAGAUGCACUAGAGCCAAAGAUAUGAACACCAAAUGAAUAAGAAAGAAAAAAAUACAGACUUGGCCACACUAGGGUGAUGCAAAAUUCGGGAGAAAUUGUGUUGUCACACCAAAAGUACAAAUACUUUCAGAACUUGUGAAAAGCUGUAUAAAUAAACUAAAAGCUGUCUUUAGUACUUUCUUGUGUAAUCAGAUUUUCCUCUGCAGGUCACUCUCUCUUGCCAUAACCAUAACAACGUUGUAGGAGAUUAAAACUUGAAAAGAACACGUGUAACGCGUGAGCUGGGCACAAACAUGCUUGUCUUCAAGUUCCAGGAAUAUUUAUUUCGUGUUGCGCUUUCUUAAACUGAAAUACUUCUUGUGACCACCAAGGAAAAAUCCCCAGGGCUGUCCAAUAACCAGCUGUGGGUUUUCUGUCCUCUAAAGAUAACUAAUUACAAAAUUAAUUGCUAAUAUUCAUCUUAGUGAAAGAGUUGAGACUCAAGUGCUGUUGUAUAAAUGGCAGGUAACAGCAAAUUACCUUUUUCUGUGGAGAGCCCUACCCCUGAUGGCUUCAGGAUGACUGGUUUUCACUAAUCCCUGUCAUCUGGGGUUCAUUCCGUGAUCAAUGAAUGAAAAAAUAGAGCGAGCCCACUGCAGUGAGCCCAGCUCCGGCCUGCCACGGUGGGUGGGAUCAUCGCCCGGCCUCCGGUGCUCAUAUAUAAAAACCAGAAUAUGUUUUUCCAGGAAGAGAAUAUCGCUUAGUUAUAUAUUUUGUAUGUUCUUGGCUCAAUAUAUUGCACAGAGGAAAUACUGCUCUGCCACAGAAAUGGUCGAAGACACAGGCGAGUGUGAGCAGAAGCCACGCCCGACCAUCUGAACCCCGUGUUGGCAGGAAAUACUCAGCAUCAUUCUGUCCCGAAAGGCACAUUUUCAGGUUACAGUGCUUGAUGCAAAUCAGGUGAGAGAGAGACGGCAAGUUGUUUUUUGAUUAAGUGCUAUUUUGCAAUGUUCUCACUGUUAGUAAGUAUAUCUCAGCAUCAGUAAAGUCCAGUGAACUUUUUGCCAUGAAUAUGAAAUUCUUGCAUAUAACAAAAUAAUCGGACUUAAUCUUCUGCAAUGAAAAAAAUUAACUAUAGUUUGUUUUGGGUUUUUUUUUUGUUUGUUUGUUUGUUUGUUUAAUUUUCCAUGUGUUAAAAGCACAAACUGGUGAUCUAUUUGUAAAUAAACCGCUACAAGAUGAAUGUAAACUGGGAAAGAAUAUACUAUUUUUGCAUGGUAACAGAUUACUUAAAGACCUCUUGAUGCCUUACAGAAAAUUUGGAAAAGCAUUUUAUUUAGAGGCAAUUCUGUGUACUUUUCGUAUCUUAAACUCAUUUUGGUUUUGUCUGUGGAAAAAAAAAUAUCUUUGUUUCUUCUGGGUAUUAACAUUUUUCAGUACUUCGCACAUUCAGUGGUUUCUACGCCGCUUUUACGCCUGUGAAAUGAUGAAGCUGAGGCUGUGCUUUUUGGAGGAGAAAUCUGGAUGCUUGUAGUCUGGAAGGGAAAAAAGUUUUAGAUCCCUGGAAUUGUUCCAAAAUAAAAUGUUUUCUGAGGCAUCUAGAGCCCCUUUAAGCCCUUCACUUCAUUUCAGCUUUUUGUUAUGUAUUUUAGCAAAGUACAAGCAGCGGACAAAUGAGGCGUUUUCGUAAGUGUUGCCUAUUCUAUUUUCAACUGAAAGUGAAGGAGUUAAAGUAUAACAUAUACAUUUCUGUAAAAAGAAAAAAACCUGUAAUUAAAGAUUUUUUCAGUUUUGGUAUAUUAGCAUGUAUAUCAAAAAGUCAUCUAUGGAAACUUUUGUAAAGAAUUUAAAUCGUCACAUUUCUCAAAACUGCUCCUAAGAUUUUCUCGUGGACUGACGUACAAUAAAAGCUCUUUUAUAAAAUCUGUUGUUGCUCCAGCACUCUGUCCUCACAAUCAGUAUGAAGUCGCUCAGAAUGCGUGCCUAUACUAAAUAUGUUGUAAAAAAAAAAAAAGGAAAAAAAAAAAAAAGACUU